UUAGUUUCGGUCGGAAUAUUUUUACCCGACCCGUCCACGAAGCAUCGCCUCCUCGUCUCCGUGGGUUUAGGUUUUUUCUUUGUACGUUUUGGCGCAAAAAAAGACGAUGGCGAUGAUGAUGCAUCCACCGCAGCCGCAAGGCUAUCACCAUCCACAGACGCUCGAAGAAGUUCGAACCCUUUGGAUUGGUGAUUUGCAGUAUUGGGUCGACGAGAAUUACCUCACUUCCUGCUUCUCCCAAACCGGCGAGCUUGUUUCUGUCAAGGUGAUACGUAACAAGAUCACAGGGCAGCCAGAAGGGUAUGGGUUUAUUGAGUUUGUGUCUCAUGCAGCAGCAGAGAGAACUCUGCAGACCUACAAUGGCACUCAGAUGCCUGGAACGGAACUAACUUUCCGUUUGAAUUGGGCUUCGUUUGGCUCGGGACAGAAAGUUGAUGCUGGACCUGAUCAUUCUAUCUUUGUUGGAGAUUUAGCACCAGAUGUUACUGAUUAUCUCCUUCAAGAGACAUUCCGUGUUCAUUAUUCUUCUGUUAGAGGUGCCAAGGUUGUUACUGAUCCAAGUACUGGGCGAUCAAAAGGUUAUGGAUUUGUUAAAUUUGCAGAGGAAAGUGAACGGAACCGGGCCAUGGCUGAAAUGAAUGGCUUGUAUUGCUCAACAAGGCCUAUGCGAAUUAGUGCAGCAACGCCUAAGAAAAACGUCGGUGUACAGCAACAAUAUGUCACUAAAGCUGUUUACCCGGUUCCAGUCCCAUCUGCAGUUGCUGCACCAGUCCAAGCAUACAUUGCUCAACCUGUACAAGGGGUUCCACCUGAAAGCGAUGUCACAUGUACAACGAUUUCAAUUGCCAAUUUGGACCCAAAUGUUACAGAGGAAGAGCUGAAGAAAGCAUUCUCGCAAUUAGGAGAAAUAAUUUAUGUCAAAAUACCUCCAACGAAGGGAUAUGGUUAUGUUCAAUUCAAAACCAGGCCUUCAGCCGAAGAAGCCGUUCAAAAAAUGCAAGGACAAGUGAUUGGUCAACAAGCAGUUCGCAUCUCUUGGAGUAAAAAUCCAGGACAGGAUGGCUGGGUCGCACAAGCAGAUCCAAAUCAGUGGAGUGGGUAUUAUGGUUACGGACAAGGCUAUGAUCAUGCAUAUGCUUAUGGGGCAACUCAUGACCCAUCCUUGUACGCAUAUGGUGGAUAUGGCUAUCCCCAGUAUCCGCAACAGGGAGAGGGUACACAAGAAGUUACAAACUCUGCGGGGGCAGAUCAAGAGUUAUAUGAUCCUUCGACCACUACUGACAAGUUAAAUGCUGCUUACCUUUCGGUUCACGCAAAUAGCAUAUUAGGACGAACAAUGUGGCAGCGUACCUCAGCGCUCACAUCACAAAUGGGCAAAUGAUCGCGCAGAGAAGAACAGAACGGUGGGUGCUUAGCUUUGAGAAUCUUUAGUGUUGCCCAUAGCACUUCCUCGUGGGACAAGUCCCUACUCUUUGUCUGACUGUUUCGCUUGUUUCUGUUUUUUCUUCUGUAAUCUACAAUUAGGAUCUAGUUACAAUGAUGCUAAAUCAUGAAUCUUCCAACUUUCCAUGGCCGAUGAUAAUGCUUUUUACGUUCUUA